UUACAGACCUGGCUAAGGGCUCCGGGAGUGUUUCCCAUUUAAACAAACAGUGCCGAAGAUGGCGGAGAGUUAGUGGUGUAAAGAAGAAAUUAUCGAUCCGGGAAGGAGAUAACGCUUUUCCACAGAGUCAAUUGAUCAACCCAGAUAGGAGAACAUCCCUAGAGUGAGGGGAGGGGGGCAUCUGACCGUCUGUCAUCUUGGCGCCAUCACAAGGUGCUGAUAUGUGCACACGAUGAGCGGACUGGGGGAGAACUCCAUGGAGCCUCUGAGCUCGGAAAAUCGCAAACGCAAACUGUCCACUUGUGACACCCCUGGUCUUGGGUGUGAGAGGAAGCGCCGGGAGCAGGAGAGCAAAUAUAUCGAGGAGCUGGCCGAGCUGAUUUCGGCCAACCUCAGUGACAUUGACACCUUUAACGUCAAACCGGACAAAUGUGCCAUCCUCAAAGAGACGGUGCGCCAGAUCCGCCAGAUCAAGGAGCAAGGGAAAGCUUCGUCCAACGAUGACGAUGUCCAGAAAUCAGACGUGUCCUCAACUGGUCAGGGGGUCAUUGACAAGGACCAGCUAGGGCCACUUCUACUGCAGGCUCUGGAUGGCUUCUUGUUCGUGGUGAACCGGGAGGGCAGUAUCGUGUUUGUGUCUGACAACGUGACCCAGUACCUGCAGUACAAGCAGGAGGAGCUUAUCAACACCAGCGUGUACAACAUCCUGCAUGAAGAGGACCGGGAGGACUUUCAUAAAAACCUGCCAAGGACUAACAUAAAUGGCGUGUCAUGGGGGAAUGAGGCGGCUCGACAGAAGAGUCACACCUUCACUUGUCGGAUGCUGGUCAAAUUUGGCCACUCCCACGGCCCCAUGGAGGAAGGGGCAGGAGGGCCCCGCUACGAGACCAUGCAGUGUUUUGCUCUCACUCAGCCCAAGGCCAUGAUUGAAGAGGGCGAAGACCUCCAGUCGUGUAUGAUCUGUGUAGCCCGUCGGGUAACUGCCAUGGAGAGGACCGAAAGUUUCAACACCCGACAUGAGUUGUCAGGUAAACUGAUACAGAUAGACCAGAGCUCCCUGCGGGCAUCCAUGCGCCCAGGCUGGGAGGACUUGUUAAGGCGCUGCAUUCAGAUGUUCCUUCAGCACAGCGACGGGCAACCGUGGUCACACAAGCACCACUAUCAUGAGGCUUUCCUCCAGGGUCAUGCUGAGACACCGCUGUACCGCUUUUCCCUGUCUGACGGCACCCCGGUUACAGCCCAGACAAAGAGCAAACUCUACCGACACCCCAUGAGCAACGAGCCUCAAGGCUUCAUCUCCACACACCUGUUGCAGAGGGAACACAACGGCUACCGCUCAGCAUCAGGUGGUAACAUGAUGUCAAACAACAUGAGACAACAAGGCAUCGGGGGUGCCAACAUGACCCCCCAGAUGACUGGAGGUGGUGGUAUGGGAGGAAUGGGCAGCAUGAACCGGGGCUUUGGGAUGAGCGAGCAGGGCCAUACGGGUCACAUGGGAGGCGGUUCUGUAUACGGAGGAAACGGCGGAGGUGGAGGCGGUGGUGGGGGCCUGGGCAGCCGCAUGAUGCAGAUGAAUCAGAUGAACCAGAUGAGUCAGAUAGGUCCCAUGAAUCACCCAGGUCCGGUCAUGCAGCAACAUCCCCAGCAGCCCCCGUUUCAGAGCAGUGGUGGCUUUGGCCUCAGUGGAAUGAACAGCCCGUCUGGGAGCCCAAGAAUGGGCGGCCCCCAGCAGGGACUGCUGAUGUCCCCCCGGAACAGAGGAAGCCCAAAGAUGGGGUCCAGCCAGUUCUCACCAGGAGGAAUGCACUCCCCUAUGAGCGGCCUUGGCAGCGCAGGAGGAGGGGGAGGAAGUGGUGGGGGCAGCACCUGUACCUUCUCCAGCAGCUCUCUUAAUGCUCUACAAGCGAUUAGUGAAGGAGUAGGGAGCUCACUCCCCUCCACGCUGACAUCCCCCUCACCAGCCCUCAAGCCAGACAGCUCUCCCAGCAUCCAUUCUUCUUCCCAACCCAGUCAUCAGACAAAACCAGGACAAGAUUGUUCUAAAAGCCCAGCGGGGGGCUUGGGGCCUGGCGACCAUCACCUCCCAGAUCACCACCACCAUCAGCAUCCCCAGGCUGAGAGUUCUGCUGAGCGACCAGACAGUCAGGCAGGUGCAGGAACUAAAGAGGGUGGAGAACCAAGCAAUGAGGCGGAGAUGGCGAGUGCCGACCCUCCUCGGAGGCUGCCAGACAGUAAGGGCCACAAGAAGUUGCUUCAGCUGUUAACCUCUCCAACUGAGGAGCUGGGGAUUAGUGGUAGUGGACCUACGGAGCCCCCUGGACCCCCUCCAUCUAACAGCAGCAGCACUCUCACAGGCUCAGACAGCAAGGAAACUACCGGCGGGAUGACCAGCCCCUCAUCCACAGGGGUGUCCUCCUCUUCCUCAGCCAAUGGCGGCUCAGCGCCCGCAGCUGGUCAGGGCAGCACAUCUGCAUCUGCUCACUACAUGGGGUCGCUGCAUGAGAGACACAAGAUCCUCCACAAGCUUCUUCAGAACGGUAAUACACCGGAUGAAGUUGCGAAGAUCACAGCUGAGGCGACGGGAAAGGUGACGCUCGGAGGCCAAGAAGGCACUGAGGGGGGUGCAGGAGGCUCAGGGGCCGUCCCAGGCCCUGCGUUGAUCACAGACCCCAAACAGGAGCAGCACAGCCCUAAGAAGGAGAGAACACACGCCCUGCUCCACUACCUCCUCAACAAGGAUGACUCCAAAGAACAAGUAGAUGUGAAGCCCAAACUUGAAGAUUUAGAGGGGAAGGGUCUUACUGGAGCUGCUGGUGCUGCUGCAGCCGAACAUGCUGAAAGCAAGAUCAAGCCAGAACCUCCUGACGAUUUACACAACCUGGAGUCUAUUCUGGGUGAUCUCAGGGGUUCGAGCUCUGACUUUUACCCUGAUCAGACCGGAGGUGCAGGAGCGAACAACACAGGAAACAAACCACAGGGUUGCCUUGAUGACGGCCUGCAGGGAAGUCCAGCUAUGGGUCCAGGACCACGAGGGCCUUUCCAGAGGACCAUAUCCAAUGAUGGAAAGCCACUGGGUGGGCCUGGAGGAGCAGUUAGACGUCCAAUGCUCAUCAAGCAGGAGAACAUGAUGGGCAGCCCAGACGGCUUUCAAGGAAACCUGGGUGUGUGUUCAGGACCACUGAGUAGAGGAACAGGUCCCCAGAGGUCUCCCAUGGGGGGGUCUGGGGACUGGAAGCCCCGCUCCAGUACCAGCCCUGUGAGUUCAGCAGGACAUCUGUCCAUGAUGCGUCCAGGCAUGGACUAUAACAGCGGAAAGAGCAUGAUGCCAGCACCCAUGGUCAGCCGCUCCAACAGCGUGCCAGGCAGCAGGUCCAUGCUGCAGCAGCAGCUCAUGGAUAUGGGAGGUUCCUCAGAUAUGGGUAUGGGUAUGAGCCCAUUCAGCCAGCAAGGCCAGCCCAGCCAGUCCCCAUCCUGGCCUGAACCCAUGAUGAACAUGGAGGGAAACAGGCGCCAGUUUGGCAACCCCUUAGAUGAUCUUCUGGUUCCUCCUACCACCAGUGAGGGUCAGAGCGAUGAGAGGGCGCUUCUGGACCAGCUGGAUUCCCUGCUGAAUAACACGGAUGGCAUCGCUCUGGAGGAGAUAGACCGAGCUCUCGGUAUCCCAGACCUUGUCAGCCAGAGCCAGGGAGCAGAGCAGCAGCUGGAGCAUUUUGCAGGACAGGACCCAUCCAUGUUACUUGACCAAAAGCCUCUGUAUGGACCCGGCUAUCCUGGACCCCCUGCCAUGCCUAUGCAGAGCAGCUAUGGGGGGAAUCCCAUCCAGGGGCAGAGCCAGCAGGGCGGGUUCGGGCCCAUGCUCUCACCAAUGGGCCAAGGUGGAAGCUUCCCUGCUAUGGGGGGAAUGGGCGGCAUGAGCCAUCCACGUGCAAACAUGAUGCGACCCAGGAUGAUAAAUACCAACAAGCCCAUGAGGCUGCAGCUUCAGCAGAGGCUGCAGGGACAGCAGUUCAUGAAUCAGACACGACAGGGCAUGGCGAUGAAGAUGGAGAAUCCUGGAGGAAACCCUGGCAUGAGGCCUGGAAUGCAACCUGGCAUGGGAGGACAGCAGAGCUUCAUUAAUGCUCAGAUGAUGGUCCAGCGUAACCGAGAUGUGGUCAACAUGCACAUGAGGAGGCAGCGCAUGAUGAUGCUGAUGCAGCAGCAACAGCAGCAGGCGGCUGCUGCCGCUGCUGCAGCUGCUGGGGGAUUCAGUCCUCCUCCUAACGUCACGGCCCCCGGGGGCAUGGACAGCCCAAUGGGAGGGCCAAACAUGGGCCAGCCGGGCCCUCAGCCGUUUGGCUAUGGCGGGAGCUACGGCAUGGGUCACCAAGGGGAACCCUCUUUUGGCCCAUCGGGUGGAAGUCCUCCUAAUGCCAUGAUGUCAGGCCGUCUUGGGCCUCAAAACCCAAUGAUGUCACAGCACUCACAGGGUGGGCCUAUAUACCCAGGUUCUGAUAUGAAAGGCUGGUCACAGGGAGGCAUGGCACGCAAUAGCUCUUACCCCCAGCAGCAGUUUGGGCCACAGGCACCGCUGGGUCAACAGCAGUUUGGGCAGCAGGGAAAUCCAGGGCAGUAUGGAGGGAUGAUGAUGAACGGUGCAAUGCCGGCCAGUGGAGGAGGUCACAUGGGACAGAUGGGUGGACAGAUGGGAAUGAACCCAAUGGUUAUGGGGCGCAUGCCUAUGGGGCCUGAUCAGAAGUACUGCUGAUGGACACGUCAGAGGCUUUUGUCUUUGCGAUCUCCGCCCAGAUUUGGCAGACAGCUGCUGUGCUGCAGUGUGUGUGGAAUCAAACCAGGCAUGCUCUGAUCCUCCGUGUAGCGCCACAUUCCCACCAGACGGGGGAGUGAACUUCCCUCAAGAGCGAUGGCCAGCAUUGUCAGUCAGGCAGCCGGAGGGAAAACAAGACACGCUUUCAAAUGAAAACACAAAGCCUUCCUAAAAAUCUGACAAACUGUUUCUCCAUCAUGUGCAGAAAGACGGAUGGGAAGUCAACGUCCCUCCCUCUCUUCAUAGCCUGCCUCUGUAUAUCCUUUUUUAUUGGACCAAACAGUGAAGCUGCAUCACAUGGACAAUGAUAUUUAAACAGCCUCUUCUUUUGUCGAAUGUACCAUGAAGUUAUAUUCAGACUUUAAAAUGUGGAUUCUGAACUUUACAUCCACCGUCGUUCUGCUGCUCCUGGAGGAUCCCUGCAAACACAGCUUCAGCUAACAAGCCAUCAGGCUGUGACGCUCACAUGAAUGUUAUUUAGAAGUAGCACAUUGGCUCGUCAUCCAGGAUGCCACUGAGUAGGACUGAACUAACUGGUUGGCUCGUUGCACUUUAAGAAAAAGCCAACAUCAAAUAGAUGGUGGAGAUUUAGAGGCCUUUAUUCAAGAAUUACUGAAUAGCAGCAGACAUUUCCUGUUUUGUUUUUUUUCUAUACAUGUGUUCUUUAAAUUCUCGAGAUAUGAGAUUUAUAGUUGGGUAAACUUGUCAGGCUUUUUUCCUCAGUGGGAACCAGAGAAAAACUGCUCCCAAAAGCAUUUAUUUUUUUGUUGUUCCCUAAUGUUAACAUAUUUUUUCGGCAAUCUUUUAAAUUUAUCAGAUCUUCUGUUUAUCUUGCACAAGUUUAGACCUUUUUGUGGAAACCAUGUCAGCCAAGCCACAGGUGGACCCAGUCUCUGCUCUUUGCAUGUAGGUCCUUCAGAAUUAAAACUUUUCAUGCAUGUUCUAUAACAAAAAUAAAAAAGAAGCAUUAGAAGAACAUUCAACAGCUAGAACCAAAAGAUCAAAAUCAGACAUACUUAAAUAAUCCCAGAGGGAAAUUACUUUUGUUACAUGCUCCAGAUAUACAAAUAUGUUUAUAUAUACACUACCGUUCAAAAGUUUGGGGUCACAUUGAAAUGCCCUUAUUUUUGAAGGAAAAGUACAGUACUUUUCAAUGAAGAUAACUUUAAACUAGUCUUAACUUUAAAGAAAUACUCUCUAUAUAUUGCUAAUGUAGUAAAUGACUAUUCUAGCUGCAAAUGUCUUGUUUUUGGUGCAAUUUCUACAUAGGUGUAUAGAGGCCCAUUUCCAGCAACUAUGACUCCAGUGUUCUAAUGGUACAAUGUGUUUGCUCAUUGGCUCA